CUGUUUCCAUAUGACCGGGCUUACUUUCACAGCGGGGUUCAUACUGGAAUACUGGACCUUGACAGAAAGACAAAGAAGAGAGAGAGAGGGAGAGAGAGAGACUAAAUGAAACAAGGUUACCAGCAGCAGAAGAAGAGGGGAGCGCAGACACCGGGGAGGGUUUUUUAAAUAUCCAUUUCUAUGGUUCUCGGCUCAUAAACACUUGAGGACUUUAUAAACAUGCACCUACUGGGAAUAUCCCUUUUAUUAGCAUAUCUACUCUACACCAACCUCGCCAGCGACUUCAGCUUCAGCGACUAUCAUGAUUACUACGAGGAACAGAUGGAGUAUUGUCGAAAUUCUUCCAGCCAUUGGAACCAUCUUCAUCUACUGCUUCUGACACUGAUAGUGACUGGGAUGUAUGAUUGUAUGGUGGAAGAGGAUCACCUACCUGUGGUGGAAGAAGAUCAACUACCUCACCACCAUGACAACAAGGACACCUUACCCCCCAGCACCAGCAACAGCAGCACCACCACCAAAGGCUCACAGGGAAUCAGAACAUGGACAAUAUCUGAUGACCCUGCAGAAUGGCCUAGUAAGGACUCUCCGCCAAAGCCAGACAUGGAGCAGAAGCUGCGUUCAGCCUCCAGUGUUGAUGAACUGAUGAGCCUCAUCUAUCCUUCAUACUGGGCCACUCUGAAGUGCAGAUCCAAACUUUCUGCUGCCACUGCCUCCUCUGCCUCCAAACUCACUCAGCGGCCACAGCCUCGCCAACUGAGGCCGCUGGCUGUUACAGAAGAGCCAACAUUCGCUGCUGCUUACCUCAAUUUGGAUGUCUUGAAAAGUAUUGAAUCAGAGUGGAGGAAGACUCAGUGCAUGCCCAGGGAAGUGUGUGUCGACGUGGGCAGGGAGUUUGGAGCUCCCACCAACAUCUUCUAUAAACCACCCUGUGUGUCCGUCUACAGAUGUGGAGGAUGCUGCCACUCUGAAGACAAACAAUGCAGGAAUAUCUCCACCGGUUACCUCAGCAAAACUCUGUUUGAGAUCAUGGUGCCGAUCACCCAAGGCACCAGGCCAGUGACCAUCAGUGUUGCCAACCACACCCAGUGCAGCUGUCUGUCCAAACUGGAUGUCUACAAGCAAGUUCACAGCAUCAUCAGGAGGGCCCUGCCUGAGUGUCCAAUAGCCAAUAGGACAUGUCCUCCAGGUCAGGCUUGGAGCAGCAGGCUGUGUUUGUGUGUCAGCAUGGCUGCCAACAUCCACCACAACACCCCUCCACUUCCACUGCCCCCUCCAACGUCCUCCCAACAACACCUUGACAUAUUUUCAUCAGAUGUGUGCGGCCCAGAUAAGGAACUUGAUGUGGAGACCUGUCAGUGUGUGUGUUGGCGUGGGGAUCAAACUCAAGACUGUGGCCCUAACCGACAUCUCAACCGUAAUACCUGCCAGUGUGUUUGCAACGUCCCGCCCGCUCCCUCCUGCCCACUUAACCACGUCUUUAACACGGAGACCUGUCAGUGCACGUGUAUCAAGACAUGUCCGAGGCACCAGCCCCUCAAUAAAACAAAGUGUUCCUGUGAAUGUAAUGAGUCGCCCAAUAAGUGUUUCCUAAAGGGACGGAGGUUCCAUCAAGCUACAUGCAGUGAAAUGUUCCUGGUGCCAGUGGCUGCAACGCAUUCCCAAAGCAUGAUCGGUCAACCCCCGUGCUUAACAGUUGGAAAGGUGUUCAUGAAAUUCUGCAUCCUUUUUUCUUAAAACGUACCUUUGCUCUUUGCAACCAAAAAGUUCUAUUUUCACUUCAUCAAUAUGGGAAAAAUGGAAGAGAGAAAAUAGAAACAAAGAGAAAGGGCCAUAAUUGUCCAUUUUGGCUAGACCAGAGAAAAAUAGUAGGCAGGCUUCUGAAGUACCAAAAAAAGACCACCACAAGUUUGUUGGAAAGUCACUAGUUACAGUCAAACAUCUGAGCUCUGGCUAGAAAAUGUUUUAAGGAGACCACAGGGCAAACAGUGGAGACUACAGGUCUAGCUGUGCACAAGAAAAAAAACUAGCUCGGUGCCAGCCUUGAUGGAAUCAUUGACACAGAUACUAUCCUUGAGAUUAAGUAUUCUACACUGAAGAAGCUUGAGGCACAUGUUGGAAGUCUACUAAAAUGACUGAAUCAAACAAUAUGAUGUAAAACUCAUUAGUGGAAGAUAUGUUCUUGUGGAAAUUGCAUCAGGGUUAGGCUACUAUUAACAGGAUUAAGUAGUGAUGCAUUGUGCAAACAAAACAAAUUCUAAGUUCAUGGUAUAGAUCCCAAAGGAACACAUUAUUCUGGACGUGGCAUACAACCAAGAGUUGACAAUUGAAACAAUUACCACCUGAAAAAGGUUUACUUUGAGCAUCUGCUACAAAAAGCUACCAGAAUAGCACAUGGAGUAAUAAAAGUUUGUGAACUAUUUCGACUUUAAUGAGGAUCAACUUUACCUCAUAUAAUUCAUGUAUAGAAGUGACCUUGUGAGAUGACAUGAUUCUUCUACGUCCGUUUCCUUCCAAAUUAAGUGAGUUUGCAAAUUGCAUAGCCCCAUACAAUACUUGCAAUGUCAUCAACAUUUUUUACCCUACCAGGAAUUACAUUAUUCAGAAUUGUAAAACAUUUCAAACUUUUAAUUGCAUGCUCAACAUGGUUUCUGAUAUUUGCCAAGCAAGGCACUUCUGUAUCUUCAUGCUCAGAGAGUUAUUUUACAGCCACGUAUAAAUGCUGGAAGAGCCAGAGUCACUGGACUGGAGGCAAUACACAUGUGAUGGUGAAUCCACAACCCGCUAAACUAACCAUUGGGGCUAUACAAUAUGGGAGUUUGUAGGUGUUAUGAUGUUUGUAGUUGCUGUAUGUUUGUGAUCGUUUCCUUAAGAUUUUUUGGCCUUUGUACAAAUAUUUCAGUAAAAUCUACGAUGCAAGUUGCUUGGCGAUAAUUUGUACUGAAACUCUGAAGCCUUAUUUUUUUCAGAUCGCUCUACCAGAUGACAAUACAACAUAUUUAAACCAAAAACCAAAAACAAUCAUUUGAAAUUUCAUGGAGGCAAUCAAUAAAUCCUAUGGUAACUCCAGUAAAAAUGGGACCAUUACAUUACUGCAGUGGUAGAAGAAGUACUCAGAUCUUGCACUUAAGUAAAAGUAACACCCACAGUGUAGAAAU